AACUAAGAGAGGUGGAUAUCUGGGAUUGUGUUGUUAGAUGGGGAGUGAGACGAAUUGAAAACCUGGAGCAAGUAAAAAGAAGAAAAGAAAUUGAGUUAGAAAAAGAAAAUAUCACAGAAUGGAGCAAGGAUGAUCCUGAGGAGUUAAAAAAUAUGCUUGAUAAUGUACAAAAAGAUAAAACCUUAUAA